GGGUGGCGGCCGAGGACGCGGGCUGUGGGUGUCUGACGGAGGGGGGAAGAUCGCGCGCGCAAGACGCGCACACACACACACCCGGAGACUCAGGAACACGGCCGCUGACGCCCAGAGUCCGAGGCAGGGAGGGCGAGGCUGAGGAUGAGGAUGGGAUAGUCCCGGCCACCGGAGUCAGUCUGCGAGAGCGAGAGCGGCCCGCAAGCGCAGAGCCCCAGCCCGGAGCCCCAACUUCGGGGCUAGGAAGCAAGUGACCGAGCUCCCCCUCCCGACCCGGACCCGGAUCCGGACCCGAACCCCGGACCCUGAUCCGGACACCGCAGUGGCGACAGCGGUGCGCAGGCGCAGGGACGUUCAGACCCGGGUAACAUCGACACCUCUCCUUGCUGGCCUAGCAAGCCCGGGGCAGGGACCAUGCCGCCCCCCGCAGACAUCGUGAAGGUGGCCAUCGAGUGCCCGGGGGCCUUCCCCAAAUUGAUGGAGAUUGACCAAAAGAAGCCACUGUCUGCAGUAAUAAAGGAGGUUUGUGAUGGGUGGACACUGGCCAACCACGAGUCCUUUGCAUUGCAGCACGCAGACAGUUCCAACUUCUAUAUCACAGAGAAGGACAUUCAUCAAUGGGAAAUGCCAUUAUGCUGCAAAACGGACUGCCUGGGCCUCCCCUCUCCUCAGUCUGUUCUCCCCUCUGAUUGGACCCUUUGCCAAAUGCACAUGGCGUUCCUUCACCUUCCACCUAGGAUGCUGAAUCGCAAUGAAAUAAAGAAUGGAGCCAUUCUGCGGUUGGCGACAUCCCCAGCUCAAAACGCCCAGCAGCUUCAUGAGAGAAUCCAGUCUUCGAGCAUGGACGCCAAGUUGGAGGCCCUGAAAGAUUUAGCCAGCUACUCCCGAGACAUCACGUUUGCCCAGGAGUUCAUCAAUCUGGAUGGCAUCUCUCUCCUCACCCAGAUGGUGGAAAGCGGGACUGAGAGGUAUCAGAAGCUACAGAAGAUCAUGAAGCCCUGCUUUGGAGACAUGCUGUCCUUCACACUGACGGCAUUCGUGGAGCUGAUGGACCAUGGCAUCGUGUCGUGGGACACCUUCUCUGUGGCAUUCAUCAAGAAGAUAGCGAGCUUCGUGAACAAGUCUGCCAUCGACAUCUCUAUCCUGCAGCGCUCCUUAGCCAUCCUGGAAUCCAUGGUACUGAACAGCCAUGACCUGUACCAGAAGGUGGCGCAAGAGAUCACGAUUGGCCAACUGAUCCCCCAUCUUCAGGGGACGGAUCAAGAAAUCCAGACAUACACCAUUGCUGUAAUCAAUGCCCUUUUCCUCAAGGCACCUGAUGAGAAGCGGCAGGAGAUGGCAAACAUCCUGGCCCAGAAGCAGCUUCGCUCCAUCAUCCUAAUGCAUGUCAUCCGAGCCCAGAGAGCCAUCAAUAAUGAAAUGGCCCAUCAGCUGUAUGUUCUGCAAGUCCUGACCUUUAACCUCCUGGAGGACCGAGUGAUGACCAAAAUGGACCCACAGGAUCAGGCCCAGAGGGACAUCAUCUUUGAGCUGAGACGCAUCGCCUUCGAUGCCGAGUGUGAGCCCAGCAACAGUGGUGGGAGCAUUGAAAAGCGCAAGUCCAUGUACACGCGGGACUACAAAAAGCUUGGCUUCAUCAACCACGUGAACCCAGCCAUGGACUUCACCCAGACUCCCCCGGGAAUGUUGGCCCUGGACAAUAUGCUCUACUUUGCCAAACAUCAUCAAGAUGCAUAUAUCCGGAUCGUCCUGGAGAACUCCUGCAGGGAAGACAAGCAUGAGUGUCCCUUCGGCCGCAGCAGCAUCGAGCUGACCAAGAUGCUCUGCGAGAUCCUGAAAGUUGGCGAGCUGCCCAGUGAAACCUGCAAUGACUUUCACCCCAUGUUCUUCACCCACGACCGGUCCUUUGAGGAAUUCUUUUGCAUCUGCAUCCAGCUGCUGAACAAGACAUGGAAGGAGAUGAGGGCAACUUCAGAAGACUUCAACAAGGUAAUGCAAGUCGUGAAGGAGCAGAUCAUGAGGGCUCUCACUACCAAGCCUAGCUCCCUGGACCAGUUCAAGAGCAAACUGCAGAACCUAAGCUACACGGAAAUCCUGAAAAUCCGCCAAUCGGAGAGGAUGAACCAGGAGGAUUUCCAGUCUCGGCCGAUCUUGGAACUGAAGGAGAAGAUCCAGCCUGAAAUCUUAGAGCUGAUCAAACAACAGCGGCUGAAUCGCCUUGUGGAGGGCACCUGCUUCAGAAAGCUAAACAGCCGGCGGAGACAAGACAAAUUCUGGUAUUGUCGGCUGUCACCCAAUCACAAAGUGCUUCACUACGGAGACUUGGAGGAGAGCCCCCAGGGAGAGGUGCCCCAUGACUCCCUGCAGGACAAACUGCCCGUGGCAGACAUCAAAGCUGUGGUGACGGGGAAGGACUGCCCACACAUGAAGGAGAAAGGAGCCUUGAAACAGAACAAGGAGGUCCUGGAGCUCGCCUUCUCCAUCCUGUAUGACUCCAACUGCCAGCUCAACUUCAUCGCUCCUGAUAAGCACGAGUACUGCAUCUGGACGGAUGGGCUCAAUGCCUUGCUGGGCAAGGACAUGCUGAGUGACCUCACCCGCAAUGACCUGGACACUCUGCUCAGCAUGGAGAUCAAGCUUCGCCUCCUUGACCUAGAGAACAUUCAGAUCCCCGACGCGCCUCCCCCCAUCCCCAAGGAGCCCAGCAACUACGACUUUGUCUAUGACUGUAACUGAGGGCACCCCUGGCCCUGACCCUGCCCACCCUGGCGCCCCUGCUGAACUCAAAUACAGCUGCGAUAACUGGAAACAUGAGUGAGAACACACUUGGGGCCCCUUUGGUGUGAUGGCCAGGGCCCCCACAUCCUCCACCUCUCACCUCCACCCAGCAUCUCCCCCUGCACUUCCUCCCUCCCCCCACCCUCUGUGCCAAUCAGCAAUUGAUCGAUGGGUCGAUCAUUUUCAGAGACUACAAUGCUAUACUUACCUUCUCACUGCUGCAGCCCAAGUAUGGGAUAGAGCAAAGUCCCACCAUCGCCACCGAGAACAGUGAAGGGACCCGGCCUUGGGUUCGGGGAUCACAAGAGCCGGUCUGCCUGCGCCUGCCCACCUUCCAGCCAAAUGGCCUAGAGUAGACUGGCCGGGGAGCAGGCCUGGAAGCAGUAGGAGAGGGCAAAGACCAACCACCGCUCUCAAGAAGAAUGACCAGGGCCAGGACCAGGGGAGCUGAGGACCGUUUAUGACUCUAGUCUUCCCUUCAUGCCUGUCUCCCCCGCCGUCCCUGCCCCAUCACCUCCCCUUCCUCCUCUCCUCCCUUCCCUCUACAAAAACCAGAAGGAGGACCUCCAUCCAUCCCCAGGGCUUCACCACAGUUUGGUCUCCCAAAGAACGAAAGUGCUGGAUUCACACCCUUAGGCUUCUAGCUGUCCCUGUUCCAGGCUUUCAGUUCUCACUGUCUUCUUUCUAACAGCUUCUAGGUUCUCCUUCCCCCUUUCCCCAGCUUUCUUCUAGUUUAUUAACUCAAAGCACAAAUUAUGAAGCCCCUAGCUGUGGUCUCUCCCUUCCUCCUCCUCCUCCUCCUCUUCCUUUUCAUCUUUUACCUUCCCUCUCUCCCCCACUCUUCCCA